UACUUCCCUGUAUUUCUGAGUGGGCAAUGUCACAAGGGAUCCUGGCUCCCGGUAGGCCCGAUUGUCGUUUAGUCACAGAGAUGCUCUCUAGAGGUCAGACCUGGUCAAAUAUAUUUAGCUGCGUAAAUUGGAUUCUGUGGUAAGGGCAAAAGUCUGCUGGAUAGCUGGGCAUGUUUAGCUCGCAGAUGUGAUUAACUGAUUCAUCUUUGGGAUAACCGGGAUGGUCGUUAUCAUGGUGACUCCUGACAGCUUGAUGUCAUCUUGCAGGUUGAGUAAAAGCCCGCUGGAACAGCGCCACAGCUGUGGGCCAAUGUGGUCAUAACUCUUUAGCUGACAGCUCAUUCAGGUGACCCUCAAAAGGGCUGCAUUGCUGUCACUUAUGACACAGUGUGGCGGAGGUAAAUAUAUUAGCAUAAGUUUGAAUUAAUGUUCCCUGCGGUGAAAGGGGUGGCCGCUCUGCAGCCGGUUCCUCUGCAAAAUCUUCAGGAUUGUCACACUGCACACCUGUGCAAUGUCACCAUUUGUUCUGUUCUUGUCUGAUAACCCUUUGCUUAAUGCAUGCGCGCUAGCACAGAUGCACAAGUACAUGCCGCGAUCUAAACGAUAAUCAUAUCAGUGUCUGGGCCUGGCCGAGAGUGAUCGGUGAAAGCACAUCUAUAAAGGGAUUUUGUAAGAAAUAGCCUGGUGAGCUAUUUAUAGCCCUGCGGGAGGUGGCAGAGGGAGGGGUGAGUGGUGAUACCAUGAAGUUAUACACCACGCUCUAUGGACAAUUCCCGGGUCAAAGACACAGAGGCCAGACUGUAAUUUAAAUGCUGCCUGAUAAGACGUAAGUGUUGCUGCAUGCAAACACAAACGAGUGUGCAAACGGGGGGUCUGUGAUUUGUCUGAAGUACUUUGUUCCAUCUAUUUGUGUUCACGUCCAGCUUUUUUUGCAACUUAUAAAGCACAAAAACAGCCCAGAAGAGCAGGCACUGCAAAAGUACCUCUCAGCGUAGUCUGUUGUAUAAUCCCUCUUGGGGCCCCAGAGCUAUUUUUGUUCCUGGAUAUGCGUCACGACUGGGUAUUUUCUCUGGUGACUAGCUUACAUCAGUAGGUCUCCUAGUAUACGCUCUAUCAGCGAGAGCCUUCUGAUUGAUGGGAGUUUCGGCUGGGGCUGGCUGUCGUUUUAUUACCGACCUCCUAGAAUGGACAAGGGGAAUUUGAGAUCGGCGGAAUGUUGUGGUUGACUGAGGACCUUGAAAAGCCAGUGGUCUGCAUAAUCUCAGCACCCUGGCCAGGGGAACUUACUUGUCACCCCAUCGCCAAGUCUUCGCCUGCCUAACUUAACUCCUAUUGAGGAAGUAACACCAGGACUUUACCCUGAGAAACAAGCCGAUCGCCGACUUACAGAAAACUUUUGGAUUGUGAAACUUAAGGAGGACAUUAAUCAGAAGAACAAGCUUGGAUAAAACAAUAAGUGAAUGGACUGCUGAAAUGAGUGAUGGAAAGAUACUGCCUUGAUUGUCACAAGGGAACAUAAUUUGUAUUUUAAAGUGGAGCAACACUUGAACUAUGGAGGUGGAAGGACCUUUUAUUUAGGAGUAACUUAAUACCUUAUCUGGCAUGACAGCUUUCAUGAAUGAAAUUUGACAAACAGCCAUCUUAAGAAACCCUACUGGAGUACUAAGAAAAAUGGAGCCACAUGAACCUAUUGUUGGCCAAAAAUGCACCAAGGAGCAACGGGAAAAGAACCCCUUACAAAGAAAAUGGGUCUCUGAGCCAUCUGCUGGAACAAAAAGAAAUACCUUUGCAGACCCAGAUAUUAAAAGACACUCACAUCGUGAGCAAAGUCUAACAGGUGGUACAAACCUUACUAGUUCAACUCAAAAGUACAGUUCUGGAAACCUGAUGUCAUCUGCAGUGACACAUUCAUCACAAGAAGGUCAGUUUCAACAGAUCUUUCCUCGGCCUUACCCCUACCAGCUGCCACAUUCUUACCCACAGGAGCCUUUCCUUGGUGGUACAAAGCCACAACCAGGGUUAGAGGCCCAUGCCUGGUCUUUCUCUGGUCAACUGCAAUCUCUGCCACCAGAUGAUAUGUAUCCGGUACACUCCCGCUCUCAUGGAGUAUUUCCUCGUCAUAAGUCUCCUGCUGGUUUUGGCCAAUUUUCCCAAUCCGGACCCGAGCAGCCAGAUGAAAGUCAUAAGAAGGAACAAAAACCCAAGAAGCCAGGAAAGUACAUAUGUCACUAUUGUGGUAGAGCAUGUGCUAAACCCAGCGUGCUGAAAAAACACAUUCGGUCCCACACAGGGGAGCGUCCUUAUCCCUGUGUUCCAUGUGGUUUCUCGUUCAAAACCAAGAGCAAUUUGUAUAAACAUCGAAAAUCGCAUGCUCAUGCCAUAAAAGCAGGACUUGUUCCAUUCUCUGAUCUAGCAACCCGAACAGACACUGAUCAAGCAUCUUCAGUUGGGGAAGCAGAGGCACACUCUGAUGGGGAGCAAAGCACUGACACUGAUGAAGAAACAGCAGAAGGUGCAAUGUUUCCUGAAAAAUGUAGCCCUCAGAUAUCAUUCGAGUCAGACAAGAGCCCGAUGGAAAGGGGACCAGCAUAUGCAGACCCAGCAGAGGAAUUGUCAGUGGCAUCUAUGAAAGUGCCUAUCUUAAUUGUUCCAAAACAAGGGGUGCCAUCACCUGCUACUGAGUGCCCCCAGUUUACAGACAUUAAAGGUUCAGUUAUUGGUGGACAGAUGGGCAGAGGAGAUGAGUCUCAUACGGUUAAACAGAGACUUGCCUUAAGACUCACUGAGAAGAAAGACCUGGAUUCAGAGCAGUCUCAAAAUCUCUUGAGCCCCCACAGUAAAGGUAGCACUGAUUCUGGUUAUUUUUCUCGCUCCGAGAGUGCUGAACAGCAGAUAAGUCCACCUAACACCAAUGUAAAGACAUAUGAAGAGAUCAUGUUUGGAAGAACUUGGUACCAUAGAACUAACUCAAGAUCUAGACAAUCAGUCACAGUUGGGAUGGUGGCAAUUGCUAGUCAAGACACUAAUAUCAACAAGUCUAGUGCCAUGCAGGAGUUGGCAAUGGGAAAGAUAUCAGAGGGUCAUGUAUUUUAUCAAAGUGAUUGUGCAGAAUCUCAUUUAAUCCCUGGAUGUGACCCAAAGCAUUAUCAUGCUGGCUCUUGCCAAACCAGCACAGGUCUUCUAGAAGCACCUUCUGAUUCAGGGCCACUUAUACGAAGUAAUUCAAUGCCAACACCUUCCCCAACCAACCUCAAUGUACCACCAAAUCUAAGAGGGAGUCACUCAUUUGAUGAGAUGAUGACCCAAGAUGAUGUCUUUUACACCGGAGCUGCAGGUCUAAAAAGAUUGAGGAGACAGAGCGCCUUUGAACACUCUGUCCAGGAAGGGCAUGGAGAGUCAGAAAGCUAUGGGAAGAUCACGGGUCCAAAUUCAAGUUUAAGGGGGCAUUUGAUGCCAGAAUUGAAAGGUUCUGGGUCAGAGAUGGCUUGUCCAGAAGUACGCACAGCUUACACUUCAUAUGGUACAAAAGUGGGAAUGACAGAGUUUACCACAAGAAAACGUCGCAUGAAAAAGAGUGUCGGUGAAGAGGAAGACUGCCUUGGACAAGAUGAUGGCAGCCGUAGUGGCUCUACUGAAAUGGCAGAGGAAUAUGACUUAAGGCAAGGAAGUCAAGAUUCUUCUAAGGCUGUUCCAGCUAAUAAGGGAUCCAUGUUUAGAGCACAUAGCCCUUCAGACAGUUUUGAUAGAGGUUCAUGUAUGACACCAGAGGAUGUGGUCCAUGUUCAAGAUUCGGACACAAAGACUGGUGGAAAUGUAAUUUCUGUCAUUCAACAUACUAAUUCGCUGAGCAGGCCAAACUCAUUUGAGAAGACUGAAUCAAUAGAACACCCAUUUUAUCAGCCGGAUAAGCAUGCUGGACAUCUUUCUGAACAAUCAGACACAGAAAAUAUUGAUGAUGUUCAAAGCCCCGAUUCUCAUCAUAGAUCAGAAAGCAUGGAACAUCAGCAGCAGGGUGACAAUGAACAUGGAUCUUUCUCUUCUAACACGCUUUAUCAUAUGCCCCACAAACUUGUACGUCAACCAAACAUUCAAGUGCCUGAGAUAAGAGUUACAGAAGAGCCUGACAAACCGGAAAAAGAACCUGAGGUCCCAGCAAAAGAACCAGAGAAACAUGUUGAAGAAUUUCAGUGGCCACAACGAAGUGAAACAUUGUCCCAGCUCCCUGCAGAAAAGCUACCUCCAAAGAAGAAACGUUUGCGUCUUGCAGAUAUGGAGCACUCUUCUGGAGAGUCCAGCUUUGAGUCCACUUGUACUAGUCUGUCAAGAAGCCCUAGUCAAGAAAGUAACUUAUCUCAUAGUUCAAGCUUUUCUAUGUCAUUUGACAGAGAGGAAAGCAUCAAAUCUGUAUCCCCAACUAAACAAGAUGAAUUUGCUAAGCAGUCUGAGUUUUUAACUGUUCCAGGAAGUGGCCAUUCUCUGUCAAUACCAGGCCAUCAUCAAAGAGAAAUGCGACGUUCUUCAUCAGAGCAGGCACCCAGUGCUUUGCCCACUGAAGUACCAGAAAUACGUAGUAAGUCAUUUGACUAUGGAAGUCUUUCAACUGGGUCGAGACAAGGAGAAGUAUAUGCGAGUGCUUCAGCUAUGAAGGAGCGUAGACGAGGUUACCUUGUUAGACAGGCAUCUCUCAGUGUUUAUCCUGAAGUAGUAGUUCAAGAGCCAAUUUCAGAGUUGUCCAUCAAACAAGAGCAUUCUGACCAUGUUUCUCAAGCUGGUUUAACUGGUACAUCCUAUUGUGUAGCUAAUGACUUGCCUAGACCCAGAAGAGGUGCACAGUCAGUUCUCGGAUCACAUCUCUUGCUGCAACAAAGCAUCAGUGAGGACAGUCAAUCUGAGGAUCAUUUCCAGAACACCCCUCGCUUGCCUGCACAGCUUUCUUCAGAUAGUGAACAUUCAGUGCAUGAGCACAUGACCCAAGAUUUAUUUCAGCAUUCUUCACUUCAGAGCAGCAUGGCAUCCUCACCUUUCUUGCCAUUUCAACCAAUGCUCUGGCAUCCUGAAUCAACACAAAGAAACAAGCAUAACCUGGCAUUCCAGUCACAUAAUUUACAAAAGCUACAUAUCAAACAGCCAAAUCUACAGCCUUUGCUACAGAAACCAUACCAACCUUCUCAUCAAAUUCAAGUGCAAACAGACUCAAAAACUGAUGGGGCAAGUCACAACUAUCCAUAUCCUUCAAGGGCCUCCCCACAGCAGCUUGGGGUAUUGUCGUCUAAAGUACUGACUACAAGCUUCCUACAACAAGUUCAGCCUACUUUUGCAACUCAAAACGUAGGUUCACCACAAUCACUCCCUGGAAUGCUGGUCCCAGUCAGGAUCCAGACAAAUGUGCCAUCUUACGGUAGUGUUAUGUAUACAAGUGUUUCACAAAUCCUUGUCACUCAUGCUCAGAGCACAACUUCUAUCAGAGUCAUAUGCACAGAUAAUGUGUCAACUGCAUCAAUAACAGGCACUGCAUCAAAGCAUCAAGUAGGCAUCAAUUUAUCAAAAAUAUUAGGACAUUCAGGAGGGUCUAUAAAUUUUCCAACAUGGAAAGUUCCUGAAUAUUUACCUGGGAGCCUUAAUACAGGAAUUCCUUUGUCUUUGACGUCAGGGACUAUCUCUACUACAGAUGCUUCCUCUAAUAUUGGGGGGAGUAAGAGAAUGUUGUCGCCAGCAAGCAGUCUUGAGCUUUUUAUUGAAACCAAACAACAGAAACGGGUCAAGGAAGAGAAGAUGUAUGGCCAGAUUGUGAAGGAGCUUAGUGCAGUUGAGCUGAGCAAUUCCAGUGCACCAAAAGACAAUGAGUCCACUAAAGCUGAAUUUUCAAACAGAGAUGACUCAAUAGAUGAGCAAGAGAGGAUGUCCUCGUCUCCACCAUCUGACUUUUUGUCAUCCAAAUACCUUGGGUACCCGUCUGCACCUCGUUUGCCUGAUGUGCCACCAAAAGACAACUUCAUUCCACCCUUGCAAAUUAUUACAAAUGUAACCAGCAGAGCAGAUUCCCCAGAGGAGCUUGAUGUUGAUGAAUCCACACCAGAGGCAAGCUCAAGCCCACAAUCAGUGAUGUCCUCAAGUGAUACUCAAGAAGAAUCCAAACAGAGCAUGGGUAACAAGUUUCCAGUAAACAUGCUAGUGCAGCUAGCUGCCAAUCAAGGCGGUGGAGUCGUUGGUAGCACACUAAUGCUGACUGACUUGGCAGAUGUCCACCAGUUUUUUCAGUUCCCAAGUCUUCGCACACCAACCAGUGUCAGCUGGUGCUUCUUAAAUUAUACCAAACCAAAUUAUGCCCAUACAACUCCCUUAUCCUCUGUGUAUGGUUCUUGGUGCAUCAGCUCCUACAACCCCAACCCACUGAACCUCAGCACCAAGGCCACCCUGGCACUUCUUCGAUCCAAACAGAGGAAGAAUACAGAGAUGUACACAAUGGCUGCUAUGCAUCAACCUGGCACUGGAAAAUUGGUUUCAUCUCUGCGCUGGAAACAGAAGUUUGAGCAGUUGAAGCCAGAGCAUAUACAGUUGGAUGUUGGGAAGUUUGCAAAGAAAAUGAAGGGAAUCAGCUCAAGAGACAGGGGGAAAGAGGACCAUGGAGAAAAAGAGGCUUGUUCAAAACAGGCUGAACCCACUCGCAUCAAAAUCUUUGAAGGAGGGUACAAAUCCAAUGAAGACUAUGUUUAUGUGCGUGGCCGAGGCCGGGGAAAGUACAUCUGCGAGGAGUGCGGGAUCCGCUGUAAAAAACCAAGCAUGCUGAAAAAACAUAUUCGCACACACACAGAUGUCAGGCCAUAUGUCUGCAAGUUCUGCAACUUUGCUUUUAAAACAAAAGGAAAUCUUACAAAACACAUGAAGUCAAAAGCUCACAUGAAAAAGUGCUUGGAGCUUGGAGUAUCAGUGACUUCGGUGGAUGAAACAGAGGCAGAAGAACUAGACACUACUGAGGAGGUUCAAAGAGGAUCAGAGAAGAAGGGCAUGUCAGAGAUAAUGGCAGAGCACCAGUUCUCUGAUGCUGAUGAUUCGGAGGGUGCUGAAGAGGAUGGUGAUGAAGUUGAUGACGAUGAGGAUGAUGAUGAUGAUUAUGAGGGUGAUUCAACACCGAAGACACGCUCUCGAAGCACAAGCCCACAGCCAUGUUCCAUCCCCUCACUCGCUAUCACUGCAAUUGCCGCUUCACAGGAAUCCAUCCCAGAGGGUUUGGCCAUCUCCAAACAGCCUAUUUUCACUUACUUCACCAGUCUGCCCAGUAUUCAGAUCACUCAGCUCAUGGCACCCAGUGAGAAAGCUGGAGAGAUCCAGAUGGCUGAAUACCAGAAGCUCCUUCAAGGGGCUCUGGGUGAAGAUCACAAAAACAGACUGGAUGUGCCUAGCUCUAUGGAUGAAGACCUGGCUCUCUCUCCAGAACACAGCUCAUCCUCCUUUGAAUUCUCGUGCUCCCGGCUGUCUUCACCAGGCUGUGAUUCCUCCCCACUUCGAGAAAGCUCACCUUCCUCUAGGCGGUAUCUGUCCCCUCGAAGGGACCUCUCCCCGCGUGGCCGUUUGUCACCAAGGCGAGAAGCAUCUCCCCUUAGGCAUAUCUCCCCCAGGCGGGAUGUUUAUAGAAGAGAUCUGUCACCAAGGAGGGACCUUUCUCCAAGAGGACAUCUCUCUCCCAUCUCCCAAACAGGACGGCCAACAUCCCCAGGAAGGGAUCUCUCGGGCAGACUUUCUCCCAGAAGCCGCAGGGGCAUGAUCAGACCUGUGUCUCCCAGAAGGGGUCUCCAUUAUCAAAGUGGCCCAUGGGCGCUCAGCCCCAGUCCACAUGCAGAAAUGAUAUCAUUAAGCCAAAAGACCAAGGGCCAUGCAGAACCAGAGAUGGAUCAGCGAAAGACGUCUCAUCUUCAAGGGGAUCCUCGCAACACAGAUGCUCCCAGCAUCAACCAGGGAUUAUUUAGCCACCUUCCUCUGCACUCCCAGCAACAGAUCCGCACUCCGUUCUCCAUGAUCCCCAUCGGCGGCAUCCAGAUGGUCCAUUCUGUGCCCACUUCUGUCACAGGUCAUGCCCACUCCACGCGCCUUCCCCUACAGAAGAGCACCUCGGAGGAGUCCAGCACCAGUGAGGUGUCCUUCCACCUCUCUGAGGGCAGAGGGCCCGCCAGCAAAGGCUCAGAAGACUCACCCCAAUCCCAGGAAAAAUCCACAUCCCCCAAGGCUCCAUCACUUUCCCCACAAAAGUCACGAGAGGACAGCACCGAAAUGUCAGACAAGGAGAGCAAACAAGAAGAGUGCAUCCAAACAUGCACUAAGGCGAUAGCGUCACUGUGCAUCGCCUCAGAGGAAACGACGGACAGACAGCCACUUCCCAUUGAUCCUUACCAUCAGCGCACUUUAUCUCAGUCACCUGCAGCUCAGCAAGACUGUGCGGCGAGAGCGCAGCACUACUGCAGCUCAGAGAUCAGCCACCCCCUACACUCCAGAGCAGAGAGCAGUGUGUCUGCCACAUCAAAGACUCCCACAGCAAGCCAUCCCACUCUCUACAACACAGAGACAGCAGAGCGAGUGUCUGGCCAACAGAGUCGUGGAGAGAGGCCAGCAACCAUAAAGAAGAGCAAAGAUUCAAAAGACAAUAGGUGAACAAGGUCAAAUGAGAGAGUGGUAUCACAGGUUUUAUAUUUACACAUGUAUAUCCAUGCAAACAAGAUCAGUCUAAAACACAAGUGAACUGAUUCAGUGGUUUCGAUGUACAUUUAUAGCAUGCCUUUUAUAAGACGGUUUGCUAUCUUAACUAUAAUGACUUUCUUAUUUAAAGUUUCAAAGAAUAUAUAUAUAUAUAUAUAUAUAUAUAUAUAUAUAUAUAUAUAUAUAUAUAUAUAUAUAUAUAUAUAUAUAUAUAUAUAUAUAUAAAAUUUUAACUUAUAUAUGAGCCUGACCAAAAUUGCUUAUGGACUUUGUCUGGUACUUUUCAAAUGUACAGAUGUGUGUGCCUUUUCUUUACUUUUUGCUUAUAUUCUUAUAAGCAUUAAACAGGAAGUCAUGUAAAUAUAUAUAUCAAGUUUUGUGUAUCCCGCUUUGUAAUAAAUGCAAUUUACCGUCUUUUUGGACACUUUCGGUCUGAAUGAUGUGAAGUAUCAAUACAUGUAAGGUUGCACUAAAACAUAUUUUUAUAUGUGUGAAAUUAAAUGGCUUUUGUGUACAGCAGCAAUUCUAUAAUACUAUUUAUUGUAUCAUGUUUCAUAAAUUGUACAUUUUUCUUAAUGUCGUGGAUGCCUUUUCUAUGUAAAGCAUGGGUUUUGCUAUUGCAUAAUUAGAGCAAAAAUUAUGUACAUGUAAUAUGGCUUUAUAUAUUAGAAGUAUGUGUGCAUAUACUUCCCAGUAAACUCGCUUUAUUUAGAAUAAUUCUAUAUAAUUUAAGUAAAUGUUUAUAUACCUAGUAUACAGAAAAACUAUAUAUAUAUAUAUAUAUAUAUAUAUAUAUAUAUAUAUAUAUAUAUAUAUCUGCACAUGUUUUAGAUUGACAACCACAUACUCUACGGUAGUUGGUUCUAAGUGCUUGUAUCCUUCUCUUUCCUACUGGCUGAUAGGCUACACUAGUUGUGAUUUCACCCGUUCACAUUUGAAAUGUAGAACUGUUCAGCAUUAAGUGAAUCAACUUUCGCACUUCUGCAUUUCCUCCACCACUUACUGAGGUAGAUGUGAAAGGUAUUUGGAUCUUCUGUGAAUAUGAUGUUGCUUGAAGUACUUGACUUGAUGAUUAGUAUGGGGAACAUUCCAACAGAUGUAAAUAAUGGAUGCCUACGCUCAUAGCCAUACAUAUUCAUACAUUGAAGGAGUUCGUCGUGGGCCACGCCAUCAGUCCGCAAAACACAUUUAUAACUGUAUAUAUGAAAACUCCAGUACUGAGAACUCCUAAAAUGCACCUUAUGUUUCUUAAACCUUCCUAAAGAAUCCCAAAUUAUAUCACUUUUACGACUGGGAUUGGAAAUAAAUACAGUUUUGUUUUUGAGUUGAAGCAACCUAACUGAACUGGAGAAUGGAGCCAGUGCACUCUUGUGUGUAUAUCUGUAUUUUGUAUUGUGUGUAUAUGAUCUAUGUAAUUGACUCCUUUGACAUUUUUUGUCGGUAGUCCCUGCUAUCCACUUAACUGUAUUAACAUGUCUUUAAAACCUAAGGUAUCAAAAGCACAAAUCAUUGUAUUGACAGAAAAAAAAAGAUAAACAUAAUUAAAAAUACAGAAUCAAAAUAAAAGGGGAACUUUGUGAUUUUCAGUGGAAAAACAAUAUGUACGAUAUUGGUUUUGACGAAUCACAGCACAGGUGAAAAAAAAUACAGAUUGCUGUUUUGAAAUAAAUACAACUAUGAUAACUUUG